GGUCCUGGGUCGCAGCCCGGGCCUCGACCCCGCCCCCUCGGCGCGCGUCUCCCCUCCCCCCUUCCCGGGCCCUGAAAAGGGGGUGACAGUGGCGGAGGACCGGGACUUCAGAAAAGAGGGGGCUGGUUCAGGGAAGGACCCGCGCCCCAUGAGCGUCCCCCCAGUCCGCAGGCGUCUGCUGAGGCUUCCUGGAAACCAGCCCCCGUCCCAGCGCCCUCCUCAGCAUCCUCAUCCUCAGCCACCCUCCCGACCACCACCUCCAGCUCUCAACAGCCCCUUUCUCCUUCCUGAGCCCCACCCCCAUCCCACUCCAUCCCCUGCCUGACCCCUUUCUUCUCCUUCUCCAUUUUCAUCCCAUGCCACCCGCUCGCAAUCCUCCCACCGACAUCGAUCUGAACCUUUAUCUCAUCCUCUCCCGCCUUACUCUACCCUAGAGGCCAACAUCGUGCCUCCGUUCCACUUGAGCCUUGGGGCUUCUCCAUCUCCUUGUCUUCAUCUCCCCUCCUCCAUGUCUUCCUUUCCCACCAUACUGCUCCCAUUCAGCCAUCCAUUCAUUCCCUCACUCCACAGACAUUCACUGAGACCUCCUCUGUGCAGGCCCCAUGCUCCAGGCACAGAAACAGUCAGAUCACAUCCUGCCUUGGGGAGCUUCAUGGGCUGGCAGGGGACAGACUCUGAGGGCCCGCAGCACUGACAGCCUGGAUGGCCCGGGGGAAGGCUCAGUGCAGCCUGUACCCCCUACAGGGGGACCUGGAGCAAAGGGGAAGGCUGGGAAGAGGCUCUCAGCUCCUCGAGGUCCUUUCCCCCGGCUGGCUGACUGUGCCCAUUUCCACUAUGAGAAUGUCGACUUUGGCCACAUUCAGCUCCUGCUGUCUCCAGAGCGUGAAGGCCCUAACCUCUCUGGAGAAAAUGAGCUGGUGUUUGGGGUACAGGUGACCUGUCAGGGCCGCUCCUGGCCAGUUCUCCGGAGCUAUGAUGAUUUCCGUUCCCUGGAUGCCCAUCUCCACCGGUGCAUAUUUGACCGGAGAUUUUCCUGCCUCCCAGAGCUCCCUCCACCCCCAGAGGGCGCCAGGGCUGCCCAGAUGCUGGUACCAUUGCUGCUGCAAUACCUGGAGACCCUGUCAGGACUGGUGGACAGUAACCUCAACUGUGGGCCUGUGCUCACUUGGAUGGAGCUGGACAACCAUGGCCGGCGCCUGCUCCUCAGUGAAGAGGCCUCCCUCAAUAUCCCUGCCGUGGCUGCUGCUCAUGUGGUCAAGCGGUACACUGCCCAGGCACCAGAUGAGCUGUCCUUUGAGGUGGGAGACAUUGUCUCAGUGAUCGACAUGCCACCUACAGAGGAUCGGAGCUGGUGGCGGGGCAAACGGGGCUUCCAGGUUGGUUUCUUCCCCAGUGAGUGUGUGGAGCUCUUCACAGAGAGGCCCGGCCCUGGCCUAAAGGCAGAUGCUGACAGUCCCCUGGGUGGCAUCCCAGCUCCUCAGGGCAUCUCUUCUUUGACAUCAGCUGUGCCCCGGCCACGUGGGAAGCUGGCAGGACUCCUCCGCACCUUCAUGCGCUCUCGGCCCUCCCGCCAGCGGCUGCGCCAGCGGGGAAUCCUGCGGCAGAGGGUAUUUGGUUGUGAUCUUGGAGAGCAUCUCAGCAACUCUGGCCAGGAUGUGCCCCAAGUGUUGCGAUGUUGCUCUGAGUUUAUUGAGGCCCAUGGUGUGGUGGAUGGAAUCUACCGGCUCUCAGGCGUGUCCUCCAACAUCCAGAGGCUUCGGCACGAGUUUGAUAGCGAGAGGAUCCCUGAGCUGUCUGGCCCUGCCUUCCUACAAGAUAUCCACAGUGUGUCAUCUCUCUGCAAGCUCUACUUCCGGGAACUGCCCAACCCCUUGCUCACUUACCAGCUCUAUGGGAAGUUCAGUGAGGCUAUGUCAGUGCCUGGGGAGGAAGAACGCUUGGUGCGAGUGCAUGACGUCAUCCAGCAGCUGCCUCCACCGCACUACAGGACCCUAGAGUACCUGCUAAGGCACCUGGCCCGUAUGGCAAGACACAGCGCUAACACCAGCAUGCAUGCCCGCAACCUGGCCAUUGUCUGGGCACCCAACCUGCUACGGUCUAUGGAGCUGGAGUCAGUGGGGCUGGGCGGGGCAGCAGCCUUCCGUGAGGUCCGGGUGCAGUCGGUGGUGGUGGAGUUCCUGCUCACCCACGUGGAGGUCCUGUUCAGUGAUACCUUCACUUCUGCUGGCCUGGACCCUGCAGGUCGCUGCCUCCUUCCCAGACCCAAGUCCCUUGCUGGAAGCAGUCCCUCCACUCGCCUGCUGACACUGGAGGAAGCCCAGGCACGAACCCAGGGCCGUCUCGGAACGCCUACUGAGCCCACAACUCCCAAGACCCCAGCCUCCCCAGUGGAAAGAAGGAAAAGAGAGCGAGGGGAGAAACAGCGGAAGCCAGGGGGUAGCAGUUGGAAGACAUUCUUUGCUCUGGGGCGGGGCCCCAGCAUACCCCGGAAGAAGCCCCUGCCCUGGCUGGGUGGCAGCCGGGCACCACCCGAGCCUUCAGGCAGCAGACCUGACGCUGUCACGCUGAGAUCUGCCAAAAGUGAGGAGUCUCUGUCAUCGCAGGCCAGCGGGGCUGGCCUCCAGAGGCUGCACCGGCUGCGACGACCCCACUCCAGCAGUGAUGCUUUCCCUGUAGGCCCAGCACCUGCUGGCUCCUGUGAGAGCCUGUCCUCCUCUUCCUCCUCCUCCUCCUCCUCAUCUUCCUCCUCCUCCUCAGAGUCCUCAGCAGCUGGUCUGGGGCCACUCUCUGGGUCCCCCUCACACCGCACAUCAGCCUGGCUAGAUGAUGGCGAUGAGCUGGAUUUCAGUCCACCCCGCUGUCUGGAAGGACUUCGGGGACUCGACUUUGAUCCCCUUACCUUUCGCUGCAGCAGCCCUACCCCAGGGGACCCUGCACCUCCUGCCAGCCCAGCACCUCCAGCCUCUGCCUCUGCCUUCCCACCUCGGGCAACCCCACAGGCCCUGUCACCCCACGGGCCCACCAACUCUGCUUUGCCCACUGCCCUGGACAUCUCAGAGCCGCUGGCUGUAUCAGUGCCACCUGCUGUCCUGGAACUGCUGGGGGCUGGAGGAACACCUGCCCCAGUCACCCCAACACCCGCGCUGAGCCCUAGCCCAGGCCUGCGCCCCCAUCUCAUCCCCCUGCUACUGCGUGGAGCUGAGGCCCAGCUAAGUGACACCUGCCAGCAGGAGAUCAGCAGCAAGCUAGCACCAACUGGUCCCCGGGGAGCUCCAGGCCAGUGCAGUCCUGGCAUGGAUUCACCAUUAUUGCCCCCACCCUUGUCUCUGCUGCGCCCUGGUGGGGCUCCACCCCCACCCCCCAAGAACCCAGCACGCCUCAUGGCCCUGGCUUUGGCUGAGAGGGCUCAGCAGGUGGCAGAGCAACAGAGCCAACAAGAGCAGGGGGCCACCCCACCUGCUCCCCAUUCCCCUUUCCGCCGCUCACUAUCCCUAGAGGUGGGUGGGGAGCCUGUCGGGGCUUCAGGGAGUGGGCCACACCCUCCCUCCUUAGCCCAUCCAGGUGCCUGGGCUCCAGGUCCCCCACCUUACCUCCCAAGGCAACAAAGUGAUGGGAGCCUGGUAAGAAGCCAGCGGCCCUUGGGAACCUCAAGGAGGGGUCCCAGAGGCCCUACCCAGGUCAGUGCCCAGCUCAGGGCAAGUGGGGCUUACAGGGAUGCUCCAGAGAUGGCAGCCCAGUCCCCAUGUUCUGUCCCUUCACAGGGUUCUAACCCCAGUUUCUUCUCAACCCCCCGGGAGUGUCUGCCACCUUUCCUUGGGGUCCCCAAACAAGGCUUGUACUCCCUGGGUCCCCCAUCCUUCCCACCUAGCUCCCCGGCCCCAGUCUGGAGGAACUCUCUGGGUACCCCCUCAGCACUUGACAGGGGAGAGAAUCUAUACUAUGAGAUUGGAGCAGGGGAGGGGACCUCCUUCUCUGGCCCCAGCCGGCCCUGGAGUCCAUUUCGCUCCAUGCCCCCCGACAGGCUCAAUGCCUCUUAUGGCAUGCUUGGCCAGUCACCACCACUCCACAGGUCCCCCGACUUCCUACUCAGCUACCCACCGCCCGCCUCCUGCUUCCCACCUGACCGCCUCAGCCACUCAGUUUCCCAGCACAUUGCCCGGCGCCCUACCCGGCCUGAGCCCCUCUAUGUCAACCUAGCCCUAGGACCCAGGGGCCCCUCACCUGCCUCUUCCUCCUCCUCCUCUCCUCCUGCCCACCCCCGAAGCCGUUCAGAUCCUGGGCCCCCUGUUCCCCGCCUCCCCCAGAAGCAGCGAGCCCCUUGGGGUCCUCGUACCCCCCAUCGGGUGCCAGGACCUUGGGGCUCCCCUGAGCCUCUCCUGCUGUACAGGGCAGCUCCACCAGCCUAUGGGAGGGGAGGCGAGCUCCGAGGAUCCUUGUACAGAAAUGGAGGACAUAGAGGGGAGGGGGCUGGUCCCCCUCCCCCGUAUCCCACACCCAGCUGGACCCUACAUUCAGAAGGACAGACCAGAAGUUACUGCUGAGCUAGGGUCAGGAAAAGACCCCCCCCCCACUGGAUCUUGGCCUGGUCAAUCCUUUGUUUUGUAUUUUGUUGAGCUCGCCCCCUACUCCAGGUUUCUAACUUUGUAACUUGCUCUGAUGUGGCUCCCUAACCCAAAAUCAUUGUAUCCCUACCCUGAGUUGCAGGGUGUGACCAUCCCCCAUCCCCCUCCUGGGGGCCCUUGCACAAAUUGGGGAGGAACAAGGCUGAUACCCUGUCCUCCUCCUCCUCUCUCCAGGAGCCUUCAGCCCGUCCUGCUGUCUGCACAGGGGUGGGGAAAGUCCCUGUCCACCUCUCCCAUGCACCCCACUAAACCACCUGACAACAUUAAUGAAUAAAAAUGGCAGAAAUUUGGCUGCUGGA